AUGGCCCAGGAAACUCAGCCUGAGGGCGGCCGGCCUUUGGAUGACCAACCUCAGGGCAAUCAACCUCAAAGCAACCAGCCUCCGGGAAAGAACCGGGAACGUAAUCAGCGCUAUCGUCGUAAUAAGAAGCUGCGGAUGCAGCAGAUGCAGCAGGCUCAAAGCAACGCGGACCAGAACAGCCAACCUCAGAACAGCCAGCCGCAGAACAGCAAGCCGCAGAACAGCAAGCCACAGAAGACACAGACUGAGAACACCCCGCAUCAGAACACUCAGCUCCAGAAAGCUCAGCCUCAGAAGACCCAGCCUCAGAACAAGGCGCCGAAGGCCAACAAACGGCGCAGAAACCGUCCUCGCACCAAGUUUCUGCAACAAUAUCCGCCAUGGUAUGUCCGCGCGUUGCGCUGGGAACACGAGCGAAUGGGGACAUUUCAAGAACACGAACCCCUUCCCAAAAGGUUCUUCGACGAAGAUCUCUCGGACUGGGAGUGCGACUGCAACAAGGAUCCGCCAGACUGCAGAUGUAGGCAGCCACAACUAAAAAUACGUGGCAAUGAAGAUGAUGGGUACUUCCCCGAGCUUGUGGAGACUCGCAAUAAGCGCAAGCGGGAGCUGCGGUUUGAGAGGUUUAAGGAGGAAAGAGAAGAGACGGAAGCGCGGGGACGGACGCCAAAGGUGUUGGAGCAUGAGAUCGCCAAGGUUUCCCAAAUCCAGGCGGCUAUCAGGGAAAUCGAGAACUCCAAGGUACCGGAUACCAAGACACCCAUCAACAUCUAUCACCGCGCGUAUGAUCUCUACUGCGUUAAGCUGUGUCAACUCACGCAGCGUAGUGAGAUUCUUCCCCCCGGAAUCUGGUUCAACGACGACUGGGAGAUUAGGGACGAGGAAAACGAGGUGGAGGAUCCCAGAAUGGGCGUACUCCGAGACGACAAGCCCACGGAGCACAUGGAAACGGACCUCUGUGCCUUCAUGAUAUUCGAAGAACUAGACAAGAUCGAGUAUUGUUCUUCAAAACCUUUCCCCAACCCCAGAUACGCUGGCAGAUACAGCGUCGGCAGGUGGGGACUGAAAGAUGCUCCCAUGGAAAUCACCUUCCACAACCAGGACUACCUCGAAAUCAAAAUCCACUCCAAGGCCUUUCUCAAGAAUCGCCGCUACUUGGAUCCGGACAACAAAAAAAGGCUCGUGGACUACUUCGAAAACAACACGCCCUAUCUCACCUUCUACGGCGCCUUGCGGACUCCAGAGAGAGUCAUGGAGCUGGAAAAAGAGCGCGAUCUUGUGGAAACCAAACGUGAGGCGAAAAUGCCGCGGUCGCCGGAUUCGCCGAAGGACACUUGGUUCGAGAGAAACCAUCCCAUGGGGGCGUACUACGACUCUAGGUACAGCGAAUGGUAA